UAAAAUUCAGUCGAAAUUCCUGGACUUUAUUUCAGUAAGUGACUUGAAAGCGGAUACCUUACUGUAUGAUCAUUCUUGAUUCGUGUGACCAGUACCUGUCCGUGGACGUUAAUUCAUUGAGUGCACUAUAGUCAUCAGUACUAGCAUCACAUAGGAACUACCUGUCCAAUGGCAGAUCAGGACCCUUCCCAACCACCUCCCCCAUACCCUGGGGAUGCAAGCAAAGCAUACCCUCCCGCAGGAGCACCGUACCCACCACAGCAAGCCCCUUAUCCCCAGCCAGCUGGUUACCCCCCUCAGGGCCAACCUGGUUACCCCCCUCAACCAGCAGCAGGGGGAUUUAACCAACCUCAACCAGCAAGCUAUCAGCAGCCUUAUCCACCACCGGGUGGUUACCCUAGUGGUCCAGGGGUGCCCCCACCAGGUGGACAGCAGACCGUGGUGGUCUCCCAGCCAACCCAUACAGUGACCACCGUUGUUCAGCACUUUGGAGAUCUGCCGUCUAACACCAAGUGCCCCAACUGCCAGAACCAAGUCACAACGAUGGUGUCCCAUGAGCCUGGCACAAUGGCCUGGCUGGCUUGCUUUCUCAUGUUCAUCUUCGGCUUUUGGCUCUGUUGCUGUAUUCCAUUCUGUGUCGAUGGCAUGCAGAAUGCUAUUCACCAUUGCCCUGUCUGCAAGUACCGCAUCGCUACCUACAACCGUUAGCUUUUACCAUGACAACAUGUCCUCCAUGCCCUAAGAAUACUUUUGGAAUAGGAGGACAAGGAUAAAGAGGAGGAGGAGGAAGAAGAGAAGAGUGAUAAUGAUACCUAGGAGUAUGGAUUAAUUACCUUUUACCAAUUUUGUUGUAUUUCAGUGCAAAUGAUGUUAUUACUAAAGUUCUCUGAUUUUCCAAGUCACGUAUACAUAUUUUUACUUUGUACUUAAUAAUAGAUUGGAGAGCUAUAUAUUAUCCUGUAACUCAUGCAAGUACAAAUUAUUCCAUGACAUUUGCUCUGGCGACUAUUGCUCGGCGACAAAUUCCACAUACUAAUUGAAGGAUUAACCCCAACCCUGGAAUUAACAUAUCCUUCCCUAAACCAAACUCUAAACCUUGCAUAAAACCCUAUUGCACCCAGCUAAUCCUAAUCCUACAUCGUAGACUAAAUAAGCCCGGAGCUAUUGUCACAGGAGCAAUUGCUGCGUCGCCAGUGCAUAUGUAGACUGUUGUACAUGUAUGUAAAUACAAGGACUUCUUUAUUGGAAUUCUAACAUCACGUGUAUUUUUGUGGCUUGGUGAAUGUUUGAUUUACAAUUUUAAGAUUACAUUGUCUUUAUGAGUAUUAGCUAUUGAUUAGAAAUGUAAAUACAUAUUAUUUGAUACAAUAUCCUUGGUGAAUAUUCUGUGGGUUGAUUCUUAGAAAAAAUAGUUUCAUACUUUUUAAAUGUGAAUAUAUGAUUAUUCACAUGAUUUCAAUGCAAUAUGUCACAUUGGUUAAAAUUGGGUCUUUCAAAAAUUUAGGGGUGGUAUUUUAAAAAUUGUCUUAACUUUUCUUGUAACUUUUCUUGUAAGUCAGCAAGAUAACAGCUUGCUAAAAUUCUCUUAAAUUGGUAUUCUGAAAAUUAUCUUAUCUCUGUAAGUACGUCCCCUAUUUUAUCUCUGACACGCCCAAUAUUUCAUCAUCAACCAAUCAUUAAGCUUGUUAUAUGCUUAGGUCAACCAAUAGAAGCGUCUUUUCUGAAAAAUAAUGAAGGGCAUUGUUGACAUGAGGCGUAAUUUCCUUGCGCCCGACUCUUAUGCUUGAGCGCUUUUGUGCUAGAAAUACACGUGGCUCUUCUCAAAGACAUAUUUUUUCUCUGAAAAAAUUUCAUCCCUGGGGAUUCAUCGUCUCUAACACAAAUUUUUUUCUGAUAAGUUUACCAAUCCGUCGUUGGAAUGUCUCCUUGCUGGAUGCUCAAAGAAAUGAUUAAUGCAGACAAAAAUAUUGCAUGCAACAAUAAGUUACAGUAGCCCCCUACCUCUUGUAAAUUUUCCAAGGAAGUUAACAGAACACAAAGAUAAGAGAACUUUCAGAAUACUCGAUAUUUUAUCUUGCGCAAAGGGAUAUUUUAUAUGCGCCUAGCACAAGUUACAAGAAAAGAUACACGAUUAUUUCUCUUAAGACAAUUUUUCAGAAUACAGCCCCAUAAUUUAAUGCUGUAUGAAUGUGAACAUUGUUAUUUUUAUUAACUAAUUUAUCUUGUCUUACUCAUGCUUCAUGAGCAGUCAUCAAAGCUUCAUUUAGGGGCAAAGAGAUGCAUUCAUAAGAUUGACUUAUUUGUGUUUGUAUUCAGUUGAGAAUUACACAAAUGGAUAUAUUGUAGUUAUAAUUAUAAAUUUGCAAUUUGAUGAUGUUGUGAUGUGUCUUCAUACGUGAUUUGUCUUUGUUUUUUUUAUUGCUAAAGGGCGCUGUUGGACAGUUUUGUAACCUGCUGUACUUGCCGCCAUCUUCGUUAUGAAAAUCAUCAAUGUCACUUGCACGCAGCUGUCAAUCAUUCGCCAGUAAUGCAUAGCACAUGCGCACAUGCACUGUACACCUAUGCUGCGCUGCUCUUGGCUAUGUCAGCGUUGGCCUGAACAUCUGCUGAUGUCACACAGUAUAAGGAGGCGGAUCAAACCUGCCAGGAUCUUGGAACAGCAAGCGAAGUAUACGCGAACUGAGAUUAUCAAAUCGGGGGCAUGCAGGAAAUUGUUGUGAGAAUACCCUGGUAUAACGUUCUCGUCAUUGGGCAGCUUGCGCUGUUUGCAGCGCGUAAUAUGUCCAACAAUGCCCCUUGAAUACCGGGAUCAUUUAUCUAAAAGUGUUUGUAACCCCAAAUCAUCUCAUGCUUCUAUGACUUAAAGGUUCCUUAAAGUUUAAACAAAAGAAAAAUAUAUUGACCACUGAUUAUCAUAAUUUGUAAUGGGAAAUCCUGCAUUGCAAUUUUUGCCUUAUAUUCCAUUCCUGCAGUGAGACAAUGGGGGGGGGGGAUGUGGGCCAUGUCUUACAAAAUGCUGUGAUUGAUUCAUAUCAAAUAUUAAGAUUGAUCCUAAUUACUAUUUCUUCAAUUUGUCAUUGAGUUUCAUUGUAAUCUACAUGUAUCUCAACUCUAUGUAAAAUGGGACUAUGGAAAGCUGUUCUGGAUCUCUUAUUACAAACAAAAGGAAUAAUUGUAACUAGUAAUUGUCAUGAUUGAUUGAUUGUAAAUUGUUGUCAGUGUAAUCAAUCAUCAAAUUUGGUCUGCGAUCAAUUGCUUAUUUUUGUGUGACAGGACCCUGAAAUCCUGCAUGUGGCAGCAAUGACUUAAACAUUUUAUCUGACAAAGUCUGUUAUAGCGAUAGUUACAAAACCACAUCAAAAUCAAGCUUUCCUGGAUUUUGAUAGGCUGAGUUCAAAGGUUUCUGACUGUCAGUAUAGUAACUGCUGGAUAAAACAUCCAACAUCUUUUCAUGAAACACUCUGUAAAAAUUUGCUGAUAUAUUCUGGAAAGUCAUGAAAAUCAUACACAUCAUGUACAUGUACAUUCAAAUUAUUUCUUUUUAAUUAGCAGAUCUGAGCUAUGAUGAGUCCUUGCAUAAUUGACAGUUAGCAUUUGAAUGGUAACUAUUUGAAUUGUUAUGCAAUGUUUCAUUUUAUGGGCUAUGAAUUCUUGAGAUAAUUUUUUCUUCUCUACAGAGUCAUGGAAAGUCAGAAAAUUCUGAAAAGAUGUAAGUUUACCAAUUCUAUUGAAUCAAGCUAUAGAGUGUGUCCCACAAAAAGGAAACCGUUUUCAUAGAUAGAUUCGCUCACGCACGACAGACUAUAAACAAUAGAUUUUGAAGCAUAUCAGGAACAAUUUGCGCAGAAACUUGCCUGGGAAUCUGCAUCCGCUCUCGUUUCAGGGAUCAGUGAGAAAAUCUUAACAAAAAAUACAAAAGAAAUGCUAAUGAGCCAAUCGUCGAAUCAGUAUGGUUGUAUCAUGCACCAAUAUUGUCCAAUAUUUCUGCGCAACCUGAUUUUGACACUAAAAUUUCAAACUCUUCUUGCUCAUUAAUGCGUGAUAUGAAGUG